AAAAUCCAUCUAGAAAAAACUAUGAAUUCAGGUAACCAUGUUACACAAGAUUUUCCUAAUUUACCAACGGAUCAAACUGGAAAUAACUCCGUAACUUCACAAAUUACUGAUAAUAAUGAAACCUUCCAGCAUGCUUCAAACAAUAAUACAUUUGAAUUUUAUCUUCCUUUACCAAAUGAUACACGUAUCUAUCAUGUUACCUAUACCGAAUUAAAUUCAACAGAAAUCGCACAAUUCCUGAAUAAUAAUAUCAAUUCAUCUCACAUUCCUAAACCUGUUAACUAUCAACAAAAUACCAUUCAACAACAAUCUUUCAAUAAUAUGAAUAUUCAACCUACGUUCCAAGAAUAUUCAGAUAAUAAUGCUUACGAUACAAACUCGAUUUCUCCAAACGGUGCUAUCCCUGAAGAUACUUCAGGAUAAAUUACACCAAACAAUCAAAGUAAGAUAAAUUGAUACCCGACAGUUCACAUAUGGGGUGCCGCAAGGCAUGACGGAUGGCGUGGAAAUUAAUUAUAUUAGAGAUAGUCCAAAAGAUUAUUAUUUUAUGUACUAAUAGACAAUUUUUUAAUAAAUUUUA